UGAAAACCAAACACACACAAAAAAAUCAAAUACCAAAAUCACUCAAAACGCGGCGAUAUUUGAACGAUUCCACAAUAAACACACACAUGUGGCAGAAGGUGUCGACUGCAUCGAUUUAUUUUAUGUUGUAAUUCGAGUACUUUUGUUUAUUGGCAACAAUAAUGGUCAGCACAACAUUGACAACAUUGGCUGCUGGACAAACAACUAGUAGCAGUAUUCAUCAUCAUCAUCAGCAGCAUCAGCAGCAGCAGCAGCAGCAACAUCAGCAGCAGCAACAACAGCAGCAGCAACAGUUACCGCCGCACCAUACAACCGCCAGUCAGCGACUGCAGCAGCAACAGCAUCAGCAACAGCAACAAGCACACUCAGCAUCCACAGCACAAGCAGCAGCCGCCGCAGCAGCAGUAACGCAACAGCGCAGCAGUUUCUACAGCAGCGCCAAUCGCUCAGCAGACAGUCAGAGCGCUCUGAAUGGUUUGGGCCUAGACAGCAGUGCCUGCGACAACAGCGGCUAUCAGCAACAUUACCAGCAACAACAGCAGCGUGCCACACCCUCCACAGUAAAUUUAUCGCAAUCGUUGCUCUCACCCUCGCCACCGCUCAACGAUCAGAUCAGCCUGCUCUUUCCCAAGUGUCGUCCCAAACAGACGCAGCAUCAACAACAGCAACAGCAACAGCAUCAGCAUCAGCAAUCGCUAAGCAACAGCCUCGCACGCCAACAUGAGGUUAGCGCCGACAUCAAUCUGAACAACAACAACAAUAACAGCAGCAGCAGCAGCACAGCGGAGCCGGAGCAGUGCAACGGUCUGCCCGCAGCCACGCCCAGUUACUAUAAGAGUGUUAACAUCAUAACACAAUCGCCGCCGCCCCACUCGGCCUCAUCACACUCCUCGGAAUCGCUGUCUUCAGUCACGCCGCGCAUCUCAACGAAUCCGUUUCUGAGUGCGCCGCUGACACCACCCGACAACCACCACCACAUCUACAUCCAUGCACAACGGUGCUUUCAAUACGGACAUCAAUCUAGAAGCCAGGAGGAGGACGAGGAGGAGGUGCCACAAACAGCAUAUCCAGCCUCAUUCUACUACCACACAGGGGAUAGCAGACGCGGCCAUAACUACACAGCAGAAAUGCCACGAAAACGCAGCAACGCCGGCAUCGGCAACAGCUACAAGCAGCAACAACAGCACAAUGGCAGUGGCCAAAACCAGAAUCCCUUCAUGAAGGAGAACUAUUGGGAGGCAGCAGCGGCAAGUCGCAACAGCAGUGCGCUUCUCCACUCGCCCACUGAUUACACCGACGAGCAACAACAACAACAACAACAACAGCAGCAACAGCAACAGCAUUUGCACGCCUCAGCCCGACGCGCCUUUCAUCAGCAACAAUCGGUGGCACCACAACUAUAUAGCAUGACGCGUCAGCCCCCACCAUCGCAGCCGCCCCACAUCAUACGCGUAGGUCGGAGUCCGGUCAAUCGAAGCGAUCGUAGCGGCCUCUUCGCCCCACAGCAACAGCAACAGCAGCAGGCCAGCAGCAACCCCUGCGCCGAGGGGCUGACCCCUCUCGCUAGUCACUAUCUAUAUGGCAGCAAGACCUCGCUUGAUCAACAACAACAACAGCAACCACAGUCACAUGCCGGUGACUGGGAACCGCUGCGGGAGCAACGCAAAAUGCGUCUGCGCGAAGAACGGGAUAGAGAGCGGGAGCGGGAGAGGGACAGAGAACGCGACCAUUUGCUUUUGGAGCAACAUCAGCAACUGCAGGAUGUGCAGGCGGCACGUGAUAGUCAACAGUUGGGUCAACAGUUAGGUGGGAGUCAGCAGCGCAAGCGCCACAGCGCUCCCGGACAUAACGAGGAGCGAGAUCGUCGCCUAGUCAACGGCAGUCUAAGCGAUGCCAGCGUCUUAGGCUCCUAUGUGUCAACAGACAUUGGCGAAAGCUGGCAGAAUCUGCGCGUCACAACCGAGCCAAGUGUGGCGGCAACAGCCACGCCAAUGGCGUCCAACGAUGACAACAGCAAGCCGUCUAAGCUAAGCGACAAGCCGCAGGCCAUGCUGGAGCCGCUCACCCGUCGCCAGCUCGACGAGGCUGGCGCAGCCAUCUACCGCGAGCACAAAGCCACUGUGAGUGCCUGGCAGCUGGAGCGCAACUACACGCUGGCCGUGGAAUCCCGACAUGGCAUUAUAGAGUACGAGGGCUCGCCGCGCCGCAUUGGCGCCUCUGCCAGCAGCGCUGGCACUAUGGAGGAGACCGAACCGAUGCCAGCAGCAACCACAGUAGCAGCGGCCACACAGCAACCACCCACGGCAGCGGUGCCGCCCAUGACGAAUACGGCCAGCACUCUACAGAAGUCAGCAGCACGUGCGGCACUGGCAGCGCUCUCCCAGCAGCCACAGGCGUAUCCUGUGCGUCCCGGCUUUCCGCAGCGCAUAAUAUCGCCACCACGUGAGGUGCGCAGCAACUCGCCGCAGCAGCAGCAGCAGCAGCAGCACAACAACCACAAUAACAACAAUUGCAGCAGCAACCACAGCAACAACCACAAUAAGACGCAGCAGCAGCAGCAGCAGCAACCGCAUGCCCUCGUCUCGCUGCGCCAACAACAACAAACACCCAGCGACAACAAUGCCGAAGAUACCAGCAACGAUGUCUCCGAAAUAGGUACCAUAUCCGAUUUGACAACUCCUGAAGCAGUGGCGGUGGCCACCUCCACCUCCACAGCCACACCAGCCAGCGAUGUGCUAGGCAGUUCACCACCACCUCCAAAUAUGGUGGUUGUGGCGGCAGCAGCGGCGGCAGCGGCUGCAACACCAACAGCACCACCGAACUGCAGUAAUACGAAUGCUUUGGGCAGCGCCUCCGGUCUCGGUCUGCACACCAAGUCAUCGACUUUCGACUACUUGUACGAGUUCUCGGAGACGCGCAAGGUAUUGGAGGAGUUCUUCAAGUGUCCGUCGAACGAUGAGCAACCCAUUAUAGAAAAUGGCAGCGAUGUGGAUAGCAUUGACAUCCAGUAUGAGUUCCACAGCAACUUUGAUCGCGACGAGGAAGAGCUGGAGGAGGAGCCAGAGGAGGAUGACGAAGAUGGGGAGGCAGAGGAUGAAGAGGAGGCAGUUGGACAGGAAUAUCACCAAUCGGCAACUGAGCGACAUACCUAUACGCCCUACACCGGAUAUGCACAGUCGAAGCCGCCACAGCAGCAGACACCAGCGGUGGCAUUGCAGCACAACAACUACAACAACAGCCAGCAGCAGCAGCAGCAACAACAACAACAGCAGCAGCAGCGUCGACACUAUAGUGGCAGUCCGCUUAUGCGGGACUUUGACUUCUUCCUUGACUCGGCCAGUCGCAGCAGCGGCGAACAGCAAGGCGAGCAGGAUGGACUCAAUCACAACCAGCAGCUGAGCGGCGGCAGCGGCAGCGGUGCCGGUCUGGGCAUGGCUGGUGGCCACAAUUAUCGCUACUCACCGGAGACCACCGACUACGAUUCGAAUUGCGGCGACUUGGAUAGCCUCUCUGGCGAAAUAAAUGGCGGCGUAUCCACUUCGUGCUCGAAUUACGCCAAGUACUAUGCGUCGGCCAUGCCCGUGCUGGAGGAUGGUCUCUCCUCGGGACACACAUCCGACACAGAGAACAACAAUAACAAGAACUUGCAACAGGCAUCGAUAUCCGGUGCAGGCAUGGGCACGGGAUCAGGUACGGGGGCCACAUCGUCGUUGGCUCAGCAGCAAACAAGUUCCAGCAACAGCAUUGGCGGCGGCAUAUCUAUGCUGAUGGACAUGAAGCGCAUCUCCACCAACAACAGUCUCAACAGCAUGCACAACCUGACGACGUCCACAACAGACAGUAAUGGUGCCAGCGGCACUGGCGGCCUCAUUGGUGGCGGUGGCAUGUCCCCGCAGCUGCUGCAUGAUGUUGGCGCUGGCGGCAUUGGCGUCGGCAGCUAUUUGUGCAGCCAAGCAAGUCCCAGUCCCAGCAAUGGGCUGAACAGCAACAGCAAGCAUCUGCAGCAGGUGCCGCCAUCAAUGCCGCAGCCACGGGAGCUGCUCGGCCAAAGUCCCAGCAAUAAUAGCAACAGCAAAGUGUUCAAGAAUAUCGAUCCGGAUCUGGACUCGCUCUACUCCAUCAGCGUUUUCCAUCGGCCGGACAUGGUGCAAAUGACGCCACCGCCGCCCGCACCUGCGCCGCAUCGCAAGCCCAAUAGCAGCGCCGACGUGGAUCUGUUGCAAACGAGCAAGCAUUUGGGCACAGGAGGCGGCAACUCGCACACACCACUGGCCACGGCCAUUAGCUCCACACUGCAACGCAACUCGCCCACCGCCGGAGUCGCCAAGGUAGCGGCACCCUCGAAGCCGCGCAGCGCCGGCAGCAAUUGUUCCAGUGGCGCUGGUGGACCGCCCCCCAUUCCCGAGCGCAACAGCAUGCUGCCACCGCAGCGCUCCCCAUCGCCUGUGAUGAACUCGCCCGUGUGGCUGUCACGUCAUCUGGACGGCGCCAGCAAGGCACUGCUCGAAUCCUCGUCGGACAACCACUCCAAGAAUCUCAGUGCCGACGAAGAUGAUGUGGACACUGACUUGGAGACGGACCGCCUGCUCGGCCAUCAGCGUCUCGACGAUCAGGGCUAUUAUGAUGAAAACAAGUCCUGGGAGCGCAAGCCGCGCAGUUCUCUUCUCUCAAAAAUCUCGCCCAAGCAGCAACAGAUGCCCAGCACCAAAACGCGCAACGGCUACAAUGCACUGCUCAGCUCCACACCAGAGCUGCCGCCGCCCAUACCACCCAAGAUUGGUUCCAAUGGCACCGGCAGCUUGUCCAGUGGCGGCAAAUUACUUGAUCUGGGCGGCAGCAAUGGCGUGACGGGGGCACAGCGAAGCGUUUCACGUAGUUCUUCCGAGCACAGCGACAAGUCACCCAUGAAGACAAACAGUAGUGGUGGCGGUGGCGGUGGCAGUGGUGCUGGUGGUGGUGGUGGUGUUGUCGGUGUUGGAGGUAUUGGUGGUGCUGGUCAUGAAUGUGGUGUCGAUGUAGUGGCUGUUUCAGUCGCUCCACUGCCUGCACUUGGCAGUCCCGUCGGCUCUGAGGGCUCUGGCUGCAUCAAGAGCAGUAGCGGUGGUGGCAUUGGUGGUGGUGGUGGUGGCGUCAUCGGCAUGAGCGGCACAAAACUGGAGCUGGAGAGCAAUGGUCUCAAUGGCGGCAAUGGGAGCAAUGUGGGCGUGCCACAGACCAGCAAUGCAGUUACAAACAAUGCGGGCAAUGGUGUGGGCAGCGGUGGCGGUGGUGGAGGCGGCGGUUCCAACAGCAGCGGGGCUGGCAGCAAUAGCAACAGUGGCGAGAAAAAAGUGAAAAAGAGUAAGAAUAAAGAAGGCGGCGCAGUGCUCAUCGAAGGCGUGCUAUUUCGCGCCAAAUACUUGGGCUCCACACAGCUGGUCUGUGAGGGGCAGCCCACAAAAUCGACGCGCAUGAUGCAGGCUGAGGAAGCCGUCUCUCGCAUUAAGGCCCUGGCUCCCGACGGAGAUGUACAGCCCAGCACCGAGGUGGACCUGUUCAUAUCGACGGAGAAGAUAAUGGUGCUAAAUACUGAUCUCAAAGAGAUAAUGAUGGACCAUGCCCUGCGCACCAUCUCCUAUAUAGCUGAUAUUGGAGAUCUGGUGGUGUUAAUGGCGCGCCGUCGAUUCGUGCCCCAGGAUAUUGACGAUGCGCCCAAACCGAAUCGCACACCCAAAAUGAUUUGCCACGUAUUCGAGAGCGACGAGGCACAGUUCAUAGCCCAGUCAAUUGGCCAGGCAUUCCAGGUGGCCUACAUGGAGUUUCUGAAGGCCAACGGCAUUGAGGACCAUCGCUUCGUUAAGGAAAUGGACUAUCAGGAGGUGCUCAAUAGCCAGGAAAUAUUCGGCGACGAGCUAGAGAUCUUUGCUAAAAAGGAACUACAAAAAGAGGUCGUUGUUCCCAAGGCCAAGGGUGAGAUACUGGGCGUUGUUAUUGUCGAGAGCGGCUGGGGCUCUAUGCUGCCCACCGUUGUCAUUGCGAACCUGAUGAGCUCGGGCGCGGCAGCCCGUUGCGGUCAAUUGAAUAUUGGGGAUCAGUUAAUUGCCAUCAAUGGACUCAGUUUGGUCGGCCUGCCCCUAUCCACGUGCCAGACAUAUAUCAAGAACACCAAAAAUCAGACAGUCGUCAAGUUUACGGUAGUGCCCUGUGCCCCUGUCGUGGAAGUGAAGAUCAAGCGGCCGGAGACCAAAUACCAGUUGGGAUUCAGUGUCCAGAAUGGAGUGAUCUGCAGUCUACUGCGUGGUGGUAUUGCGGAGCGCGGUGGCGUGCGUGUGGGUCAUCGGAUUAUUGAGAUUAAUAACCAGAGCGUGGUGGCCGUACCACACGAGAAGAUCGUCAAUUUGUUGGCCACAUCUGUGGGCGAGAUACUCAUGAAAACGAUGCCGACUUCGAUGUUCCGUUUGCUGACUGGCCAGGAGAAUCCCAUUUAUAUAUAAGCGAUGAAAUGUUUGGGCCAUCAGCGAUCCCUGUUUGUGUAAACUUAAGCAACAUUAUUGUUAACUACAACUUAUA